AUUAUGAUAACAUUGGCUGGUAGAAAGUUGGCUUCUCAAAGAGGGGCUUCUUGGGUAAUUGUUAACUUUUCAAGUUUGAAAUCGGAAGGGCUUGCUCUCACACAGUAUUGAAUUUCCUUUCCUUGUAUGAUAAUGAUCAUGCCAAUUUAUAUUCAAAAUCAGGACAAGUGGUACGAUUGGGAGCUAUGAGUAACCGUUUAGCCGGGGUUGGGUGUUAGAUAAUGGCAAAAAGGGUUGUAAGAUUUACAUUUCGCCCAGUGGAAUGUAAGGAAGUUGAGUCUUGUAAUGCCUUGAGAGGAGUAGAAUCUUUGGAACCCAUGUGGCGGGAGGUAAUUACCAGAGCCGAGUACUCUCCUGAAUCAAUAACAGAGUAUUGUGCACAUAAUGGCCAUGGUAAAGAUAUUACCAAUAUCAAGCUUAAGCAAGGCAGUGCAUUAAAAGUGAAGAUGCACCUUUCAUUCAUGGGUUGGAAGAUUGAGUCUAAACGAGAUAGAUGGUGUGUGAGAACUCGUUAUGUUUCGCCUGAUGGAAAAUCCUACUACUCUCUUCGUAAGGCCUGCAUGGAUUUGAAGGACCAGCAAAGCAUAUGUGACCACUUGGGCUUUAAAUUUGGUGCCCCAUUAGCGGUAACAUUUCUUCCUGACCCAACCUCUCUUGCUCGAGAGCAACAAGGUUCUGAAGGUAACUUUUCACCCCCAUGCCGAAGAAAUCAAGCUAUAGGCCCUACCAAAUCUGGAGGUCUGGCGGUUCCUGAUCUAGGGGACGUUGUUUUUGAGCGAGAAUGCUUCCCUGAAGCAGUAAUAAAGUAUACUCAAUAUGGAUCAAGCAAGCGGAAACAUGGACAGGCUGGCUUGAAUGAAGAUAUUAACCAAGUACGGUUAAAAGCAAAGAAGCACCUUUCGUACGAGGGCUGGCGGUUCUGGUAUGUACCAAAAAAAGGAAGGCGUGAGUUACGCUAUGGUUCGCCUGAUGGCAAGACCUUUCCUUCCCUUCUGACAGCUUGCAAGGAAUGGAUGGAACGAGGCAGUGCUAAGAGUGAUGCUGUAAUCUCCAUGGGAGACAUUUCUGCCACCAUGGGAUAUGAGGGGCUGUCAAUCCACAAGGAACGGAUGGAUUGUGUCAACACCACCACGUUCCCUGAAUCUGUGGAUUGUGUACAGCUGUUAGACAGGCAGAUAGGCAGGGAUUCUACACAGACUUCUUGUUUGUCACAGUUAAGGGAACUUGGGUUUGGUAGAUUACAGCUCAGAGGAGUUCGGAAACGCCAGAAGAGGAUAAAUUACGAUGGAACUUCUGUUGCUCCUCUAGUACCUCAAUCCCAACUAAAUGCUUGUUUUCCAUCUAGUUCCUUGAUACAAGUUGAAAGUUCUAGACAAGAAGGGUUGGCUGUCAAGAUGUUGUGCAAUAGAAAGAUAAAAGAUCCAAGAGAUUGCUCCACUGAUUCUAGGAAGCUGAAAAUGAGAAAGGCUUCCCGUGCUCUUAUCACACAAGGUGAUAAAGCAGACAGAAGUCACUCAGCGCGUGUGUUACGAUCAAGCACAAGAGUAGCACAGGUCGUGGCAUCAGUUACCAGCCGGUACACGGUUCGAACUGUUCUUUCUUGGCUGAUGGAUAACGAUGUGCUAUUGCCAAGGCAGAAGGUAUGUUACAAGCAUGAAAAUUACCAUCGUGUUAUGGCAGAAGGACGAGUAAGUCGUGAAGGAAUCAAGUGCAAGUGUUGUGAGAAGGUGUACAGUCUUAUUGGCUUCGGGUCUCAUGCAGGCAGUACCAAUCUCCGACCAGCUGCCAAUAUUUUCUUAGAAGAUGGCAGAUCUCUGUUACAGUGCCAAAUGGAAAUUUUACGUGGCAGAAAGCUUAAAGAUGUGAGACUAGAUGCACAUGAACGAACUAAGAGAGAUUAUUCUCACUGCAAAAGUGAUGAUAUAUGCUCUCUUUGUCACUAUGGUGGUGAAUUGCUAUUAUGCGAUUACUGCCCGUCUUCAUUUCAUCUAACCUGCGUUGGUCUGAAGGAUGUGCCUAAAGGAAAAUGGUCAUGCCCGUCUUGUCGAUGUGGCAUAUGUGGCCAUGAAUUCAAUGCUGACAGUAAACAGUUCACAAUGCAAACGGCCCGGUAUUGUGAUCAAUGCGAGAGAAAAUAUCAUGUGGGAUGCUUGAGAAGGAAACGAGGGGCUAGUCUACAAAGUCGUCCACAAGGAAAGUGGUUUUGUAAUAAAAAAUGUUCAAUGAUAUUUGCCGGUCUCCAGGAACUUUUGAGGAAACCGAAUCGAAUAGCUUUGAGAGGUUUAUCUUGGACUAUUUUGAAAUCAUGGGGAGAAAAGAGUCCAUAUUUCAGUACAUUUGAUAAUGAGGCAAUGGUUGAGGAUCAUAGCAAACUAUGGGUUGCAGUCGGUGUACUCCAUGAAUGCUUUCUUGCUGUUACUGAAGCUCGUACACAGAGAGAUCUUGCCACAGAUGUUGUUUUCAAUAGAAGGUCAGAGCUAAACCGAUUGAACUUCUCGGGUUUCUAUACCAUGCUUUUGGAGAGGGGGGAUGAACUGAUAUCUGUUGCUACAGUCAGGAUCUAUGGUGAAAAGGCUGCUGAAGUUCCUCUCAUUUGUACUCGUGUUCCAUACCGCCGACAGGGAAUGUGCCGCCUCCUUAUGAAUGAACUGGAGCUGAUGCUUACUCGUUUAGGGGUGGAAAGGUUGUUGCUACCAGCUGUUCCUUCACUGCUCAAGACAUGGACAACUUCCUUUGGAUUUACUAAGAUGACAAGUUCCGACAGAUUAAAAUUUCUAGACCACACCUUUCUGCAAUUUCCUGAGACUACCAUAUGCCAGAAACUUCUCAAAUCAUCCACAAGAAGAGCACUUUAAUCAAGAGGUGCUAAAAUACUAACAUCUAGGUUAGUUAUUAAAUCACUCACUCCCAGAUGUAUGUGAUUAAGAUUGCGUCUGUUAGGACUCAUCAUGGAUGGGCCACAUGCCAAAAACAACACCGGUCUUGGAGCCUUUAGCAAACUCUCUCUCCCCUGCUUCCUUUCUCUUUUUAGCCUUAUUAAUCUGCAAGGUUCCCAAUUCCUGUUUUUUGCAUGUAUCGGCAUUGGGGGAUAUCAGCUAGUGGGAAAAUUAUGGUGCAGGUUGCUUGGAGCACAGGUAUGUGAAAUGUUUGUUCCCUGUCACCUAGAUGCAUAGAUUUUGAAUUGAAUGGGAGCCAUUGAUGAAGCUUGGUCAAAGGACAAGGUUCUUGUACAGUCAGACAGAGACCUCAUUUGAGACUGAGCAAAUACACAUGCAUCCAUAGAACGCACAAUAUUGAUGGUGGUCUUACCAUAGCAGCAUGAAUCUCUCUUGUGUUAUAUAUGCUUCCCACCCUUUUUACUGUGAAAUGAAAGUUCACAUUGCAGGAUGCAAAACUAUAAGCGUAGAAAUUGUCUUUUUUCUGCUUUCAGCUGGUAUUGUGGCUUUGUGAUUAGGACAGUCAAUAGUUACCUAUCUGGCUUUGUAAUUAGGACCCAUGGAUCAGAUCUGAUUUAACAUGUCUAGUCUAUCUUUUGGACCUGUUAAGAAAUUAGGCCGGUUUCGGGUCUCAAUUUUUGGACGGGUCUAGCUGGGUUCAGGUUGGGUCCAUGUGAUGGACCCGGUUUCAAAUCGGGUCGAGUCCAUGUGAUGGACCCAGUUUAAGGUCGGGUUGUGUCUUGGAUCAGGUCCAUGUGAUGGGCACCGUUCAAGUCAGGUUGAGUCCGGGAUGGGUCUGGAUAGUUUUCAAUAGCACAAUUUGAUAUAUCUAAUAUGUAUUGAUGGCAACAAAAGAGGUUUUCUAAGCCACGCAUGAAAGAGAGCCCGUUUACAUACCAUACACUGGUCAAAGUGGCACAUGUAUGUGCAAUCAAAACAAUCCUUCCGGUGGGCCCAACCAUAAAUUCUAUUAGUUUAUUUUAUUUAUCCAAACCCAACUCAUUACCUAGAUCCAAAGUCCUGAUGGAUACCUGGCAGGUACCCAAACACGAUUGGAUCCUAGGUUUGUUAUUCAAGAACUAGACCCGGACGUGAAGGGACCCAGACUUGUCAAGACCACCCAAAUCCAGUUAGGCCGGUUAUGGAUACUAUUGGACUUGAUCCACCCAACCGGUUGACGGCCUUGUUUAUUAUGUUUUUAUGCCUUUUGGUAGGUUGGAAAAUGGUCUGGGCAAUGUCCACAUUAUUUUGGGUUGAACCUGAGGCCAAUGGUUGGCACCCAGUUCUGACUUUUAGUCCCAAAUUGGGCUGGACCUAUGCUUUCACCUGCCUUAGGUUGGACAAGUAGGUCUUACCCGACUAGUUUAACAUCAAUGGCUAAGUACUCAGAUGCUGGGCCUAUUCCAGUGCACGGCUGAUUUUUAGCUCAUUUGAUAAGCUGGGCUUGGACUUGGCUUCUUAAAUUCAUGGGCCGGACUUUGGGCAUGUUUCGGCCUGGGCGAGAUCAGCCCAUUUGCUCACUCAUUGUUCAUAGGGUGUUCAUUUCUUUCUUAACUUUCUACAAGAGAAUUUUAUACAAGGCAUAAAUUUGAGUCCUUGCCAAUUUGUAGUCCAGGCUCCAUUGGCUGCUAAACAGGUGGGCCUGAAGCAAUCAUUUUUCAGGUUUGCUGCUGUCACUUCUGGCCAAUGUGGGCCGUGUUCCUUUGAACCUUCUUCCCAUUCUUUUAUGGAAGUUCUUCAAAAUGAAGGAAAACUAAUAUAUCUAACAUCAAGGCACUUCAUUGCAGGAAUGUUUCUGCAUAGACUGUCAAUGGGUUGUAUUGUUGGAGGGACUAGCCAGCUCGACCAGCUUAAAACAUGGGGUUAAACUGGAUUUAUGGGAAUUUUGGGUCUGUCAGGGGUCAGGAAAUAUGGCCCAUUCCAGGAAUGGGUCAAGCUCAGGUUGAUCCUAGCCUCACCUGGCAAGUCAGAUAUUGUCUUCUGAGGGCCUUCCCAACACUUACCAUGGAGGGGUUGGGCCUUAUCAAUCCAGGCCAGGCUAAGACUUUAGGACCCAUUACUACCUAAUCAAGGGCCCUGAUGACUGCUACCCUUUCAGGGAGGCAAGUUGCUGUUGAUGGGGCCCAUCCACUAUGUAAUGGCUCUAGGGGUGUCAUCAUGCCAAGUGCACCCAUUGGUACCUGAACCCGGCCUGACAUGGGCUGGGUUAUAGAUGUAGCUAAACAGGUGUGAGUGUGGCUUUCAGUAACUCUUUUGAGCUCGAUUAAGAAAUGGGCUGGGCAUUGGUAUAUCCCAACACAUACCAGAACUCCACCCGAACUGGAUUAUACAUGAUAAAUAAAUAAAUAAUGAUUGGG